AUGAAGCUCAGAAUUGCGGUUCUGCAAAUGAGCUCAAGACUAAACCAGUUCAGAUCAAAUGUCGCCAAGGCCCAUGACCUGGUAUCGCAGAUACCUCCCAACCCUCUAGGAACACCCCAGUUGAUUGUUUUCUCAGAACUUGCCCUGACCAUAUACAACUUUCACUCUCGCUCCAGUUUGCUGCCAUAUUGCGAGAUUGUGGGCAAAGGCGAAAAUUUUCGAAUGGCGCAGCAAUUGAGCAUCAAGAACAAAUCAUUCACACUGCUGGGUUACCCCGAGAUCACAGAGGACUCCAAAAUCUACAACAGCGCGAUGCUGGUUUCACCAUUAGGAAAACUUGUUUACAACUACCGAAAGACACAUUUGUACGAGUCGGAUGAGAAUUUUGGGUGUUCGGAGUCUGAAGUUGGGUUUCAGAGCUUCCCGAUUGACUUUCAGGACUCAGCCCACAAAAGUGCGAAAGAGAUUAUCAAGUGCUCCAUUGGAAUAUGUAUGGACCUGAAUCCAUACAAGUUUGAGGCCCCCUUUGAAAAAUUCGAAUUUGCUACUCAUUGCAAGGAAAAUGACGUCUCGUUAGUUCUAUGUCCAAUGGCAUGGCUGCAUUCAGAGUCUCCUUCAAUCACCAAACAGCCCGGUGAUUGGGAUAUUGAGAUGCAAGAAGUUCCCCAGGUUGUGGAUACUAAUGGUGACAUCAGGGGAGGUAGCGAGUCGUCCAGAAGUUCCAUCGAAUACUGGUGGCUGAGACUGAGCCCAUUGCUAGCACUAAAGGAUAAGCUGAUAACGAUUGUUAUUUGCAAUAGAUCUGGACUUGAGGAUGAUGUGUUGUACUGUGGUACUUCCUGUAUACUUCAAUUGGACACUUCCAAACGCAAGAUCCAUCUUUUAGGCAGUCUCGGAUGGAAGGAUGAGGGCUUGCUGUUUAGAGAGGUGGAUACGAUGCUGGAACUUUGA